AUGGCUGUUAUGAUGAACGAAAUGACUAAACUCAGAAGUGAGCUGUCCAAAUCCAAGGCAGAAGUAUGUGUAUUAUGUGAUGGAUCCCAUAGUUUGGAUGACUGCCCGUCUAAAAUGGAAGCUGUCCAGUUUGUCAGACAGCGCAAUGCAGGGGGAUUCAACAAUUUCAACAAUUGGAGAAAUCAACAACAGACCAACUGGAACAAUGCUCCACAACAAGGAAAUUAUCAAAGGCUUGCUCAACCCCCAGGAUUCAACAGACAAGAUGGUCAGCUUCCCAAUUAUCAGAAUCAGCAACGUUCUAACCAACAAUACAUACCAAGGGAAGAUGAAUGGAUUUCUGUUCAAAUUGCAAUCAAGGGUUUGGUGGUGUCUUGUAAAAGUUUGGAAAAUCAGUUGGCCCAGAUUGCAAAACACAAUGCUGAAAGACCAUCUGGGAGCCUGCCCAGUGACACAAUUGUGAACCCCAAGGGGAAUGACCAAAAGCAAGCGAAGGCUGUCACUCUCCGAAGUGGAAAGCAACUCAAUCAGCCAAGUGAAGAAGCCACUCCUGCGAGUGACCCUGCAGGUAAAAAUGAAACUUCUUUUGAGCAAAUAUCUGAUAAUGAUGAUAUGGUUGAACAGGAGCAACCCGCUGAAAAACCUGGAAUGGAGGGAAUUCAAUUUCCAGCACCAAUUAAGGAACCACAACAGCCAGCUCCAACGCCACCAUAUCCACCAGUUGAUGCAGCAAGGCAAUUGCUCGACAAUAUGACCACCAACCAUUCAAGAUGGCAAUCUGAUCCAAGGGCAAUUUCAAAACAGCCAGGGAUGAUGGAAUUUGAUCCCAGUACACAUCUGCAAGCUCAAAUGGCUGUUAUGAUGAACGAAAUGACUAAACUCAGAAGUGAUCUGUCCAAAUCCAAGGCAGAAGUAUGUGUAUUAUGUGAUGGAUCCCAUAGUUUGGAUGACUGCCCGUCUAAAAUGGAAGCUGUCCAGUUUGUCAGACAGCGCAAUGCAGGGGGAUUCAACAAUUUCAACAAUUGGAGAAAUCAACAACAGACCAACUGGAACAAUGCUCCACAACAAGAAAAUUAUCAAAGGCCUGCUCAACCCCCAGGAUUCCACAGAAAAGAUGGUCAGCUUCCCAAUUAUCAGAAUCAGCAACGUUCUAACCAACAAUACAUACCAUGGGAAGAUGAAUGGAUUUCUGUACAAAAUGCAAUCAAGAGUUUAGCGGUGUCUUGUAAAAGUUUGGAAAAUCAGUUAGCCCAGAUUGCAAAACAAAAUGUUGAAAGACCAUCUGGGAGCCUGCCCAGUGACACAAUUGUGAACCCCAAGGGGAAUGACCAAGAGCAAGCGAAGGCUGUCACUCUCCGAAGUGGAAAGCAACUCAAUCAGCCAAGUGAAGAAGUCACUCCUGCGAGUGACCCUGCAGGUAAAAAUGAAACUUCUUUUGAGCAAAUAUCUGAUAAUGAUGAUAUGGUUGAACAGGAGCAACCCGCUGAAAAACCUGGAAUGAAGGGAAUUCAAUUUCCAGCACCAAUUAAGGAACCACAACAGCUAGCUCCAACGCCACCAUAUCCACCAGUUGAUGCAGCAAGGCAAUUGCUCGACUAUAUGACCACCAACCAUUCAAGAUGGCAAUCUGAUCCAAGGGUAAUUUCAAAACAGCCAGGGGUGAUGGAACUUGAUCCCAGUACACAUCUGCAAGCUCAAAUGGCUGUUAUGAUGAACGAAAUGACUAAACUCAGAAGUGAGCUGUCCAAAUCCAAGGCAGAAGUAUGUGUAUUAUGUGAUGGAUCCCAUAGUUUGGAUGACUGCCCGUCUAAAAUGGAAGCUGUCCAGUUUGUCAGACAGGGCAAUGCAGGGGGAUUCAACAACUUCAACAAUUGGAGAAAUCAACAACAGACCAACUGGAACAAUGCUCCACAACAAGGAAAUUAUCAAAGGCUUGCUCAACCCCCAGGAUUCAACAGACAAGAUGGUCAGCUUCCCAAUUAUCAGAAUCAGCAACGUUCUAACCAACAAUACAUACCAAGGGAAGAUGAAUGGAUUUCUGUUCAAAUUGCAAUCAAGGGUUUGGUGGAGCAACCCGCUGAAAAACCUGGAAUGGAGGGAAUUCAAUUUCCAGCACCAAUUAAGGAACCACAACAGCCAGCUCCAACGCCACCAUAUCCAGAUUGGACAAGAAAUUUUCCACCCCAACAGAUUUCAAAAGGUGUAACAGAAAGGGCCUCAGGCACAGAAGGCAAUUUUCAGAUUCAAUCACAAAACCCCUCUUUCAAUUUUGCCAAUACAACUCUUAGGGUUUGUCACAAGAUGCCACCGGCAAGGAGGAAGGCUGCUGCCCGCAAAACCGCCUCCAACACAAGGAGAAGGAUAUCAUCCUCCUCAUCCUCGCCCUCUCCUAAACAGCAAAGAACGCCCACUCCACCAGCAUCCCCUGCAAGAGAACCCACCCCACCACCACCUCCACAACCACCAAGGGCGCUGCAAGAACAAGCCCUUAAUGCCAUCACAGAUGAAUGGGAACCCAGGUUGUUCCCAAGGAAGAAGGGUUGGGAUUUCUUUUUGAAACACAUAAGGCGAAAGUUCAUUCCAGAAAGGGGAAUCGGUGAAGAUGGCGCAGCUUUUGCCUACAUCAAGCGCCAUGGCUGGGAGACCUUCUCCAAACCACUGAUCAAGCCACGGAUCCAGAUUGUGCAAGAAUUUUACGGCAACUUCCACACUGCCCCCAGAGAUGGAGUGUUCGUCAGAGGCAUCAGCGUCAAUUGCAGCACAGAGGCCAUCAGGGCCAUCUGGAAAUUACCAAGAAUAAGCAUUGAUUACAGGGAAACCCUGGCUGCCCUGCAUCCAAAUCAACCGCUGAAACAGGCCAUUCUGUCCAGAUUGGCAAAAGAGGGCACAAGCUGGGAAAUGGAUGACCAAGAAAACCCGUUGGGAUUUCCAGCAAACGCGUUGCAAACGCCUGACUUGAAUCUCUGGCACCAUUUCAUCUGCUGCAACCUGAUGCCAACAUCCUACACUGCUAAGGUCACCUACGAGAUGGCCCUGCUGCUGGCAGGGGUGACCUUCCUGCACACCGACGCAGAAAGCAACUUGCAGCAACCAUUGAGGAUGCACAAGCUGGACCAGAAACCCCCAGGUGCCUCAUGGCCCGGGACAAACAACAUCCACUCCCACUUCAACUGGACAAUUGAAGCAGAGGGAUUUCAACAAGCAGAGCAGGUUCAUCCUGGAUUACGUCCACCAAUGCCAGACGAGGACGGAGAAAUUCCUGCAGGAAAUGCACAAGUGCAUUGGAUGCCCUGA